UAAUUUAAUUAGUAUUUUUUGGAUAAUAUUUUAGAUAUGCUUUUUACAACUGCAGCUUCUGUUUUCUUUGGAGUGUCUUACUUUUUUUAGAAAAAUCCAUAAUAUUUAUGGAAACCUUACAUUCAUACAAGCAAAUUAAUGUAGGAGGCUAUUAAGCAGAGAGGAGCAAAGAUCUUGCACAUCUCUCAUCGAGGAGGGUCCUUUGAGAAUUUCGAAAAUACUGAAAAAGCUUUUGAAAAUGCUGUACAAAAUUGCGAUACUGAUGUGAUUGAAACAGAUGUCAUUCUCACAAAGGAUGACUAAGUAGUUUGCUUUCAUGACACAAAUAUGCUUAGAUUAUGUGGAGUAGAUUAGGAAGUGCAGCAAGUUAACUUUGCAGAAAUUAAAUAUUAAAAUUAAAUAGCAUUGGAUUUUAGCGAUAAAGAAUAUUUCAAAGUUCCAGAUGGCUAAUAAGUUAAGCCUAUGUUAUUAUAAGAGCUCUUUGAAAAAUAUCCUUAGACUCAUAUAAAUCUUGAAUUGAAAACAAAAGAUCCAAAAAUUAUUUAGAUUGUUGAUAAUCUUAUUAAAAAAUAUAAUCGCCAAAAUAUUACAUAAUGGGGUAGUUUUAGUUAUCAGUUCUCUAAAGAAAUAGAAUAAUUUGAUAGUGGAACAGUAAGAUUUUUAUCAGUUACUGAGUUUUUCUGCUACAUGAUAUCUCAUGUGUUUGGAAUUCUUCCAUUCUUGAAAAUUAAAGGAUAAAUAUUUUAAAUUCCUUUCUACACAACUGAAUAUCACUAAUAAACACUUAAUGAAUCUUAGGGAUUACAAAGAUUUUUUAAUGAAAUAAGAUUCUAGAUACUAAAAAAUUUCUUAAUCUUCUUACCUGGCUUAAAUUAACAUCUAAAUAAAAGGGGAAUAUUGGUUUUUUAUUGGGUCCUUAAUAAGGAACAAGAUUUUAUCAGGUGUGCAAAAACUUGCCCUAAUGGUAUCAUCACAGAUAAGCCUACUCAUCUCAAAGAAUAUUUAAAAAUAACAAAUCUAUGUUUUGAUAAAAGUAAGCUUUGA